CGUCCAGGAAAGGGCAGGUCUCCUGUGAAUAUCAAUAAAACAUUUGCCUUUUCUUUUUUCUUUUUCUUUUGAGGGGAGUCUCAGACUCACCAUAAGGCCCAGGUUGGCCUCGAGUUCAUGACUCUUAUGCCUCAGCCUCUCAAGUGCCAAUUUACAGGUGUAUGCCGCAGUCUGCGGCUGAGACUUUACCUUUCCAAUGUGAAAAGUCUUAGUGCUUUGCUGUCCUAUCUUUGGAAGCCCAAGCAUAAAUAAAAAAUUUCUCUUUCCGUCACAGUUCAUCAACAGUCCUUACAAAUCUGGGCGAACACCCCUCUUCUCAAAAUCACCAGGACAGCACAAGGCUCUUAGCCUGCCAGAAACUAAGGUGUUUCUUUUUCACUGGGACAACUGUGACUCCAAGAAGCAGGCUACUCCCCACCCCCAAGAGGAAGUUUAAAGCUCUGACCCCACAAUGGUAGCCCUGGCUCUUUGAGCUUCGCCCACUGCUCUGAAGGAACCUCUGCAGAUAACCCUGUUGCCAUGGAAAGGAAAAGACUAUUUAAUACAACUUCCUGAAUCUGGGGAGGAGGCAGAGAUGGCAGGAAAAACUAGAUAUUAUUUUAAAAUGUUUCAUUUCAGUUAAAAAAAAAAAACCUGCCAGUUUGUUAAAAUGCUUAAGAAGAAAUGAAAGGGCUUCUUCGUGGAGCUAGGAGUGCACAAGUGAGAUAUCCUUGGGGCCCUGCUCUGUCCUCUGAGGUGAAGUACACUGUGUGUGCUUGGCAGCCUCAACAAGCUGUUUCUCUGUGAAUGGAAGUUCCGGACAGGCUGUGGAGCUUCACCAUGGCCUCUGAACUUCUUCAGAAUCACAAAACUUUGAGGGUAGAACCUUAAGGAGUAUCGCUCAGGGCUAAGCCAGCACUGAGGUAAUACUAAGCAGUGCCUUUGUGGGCCCAUUCCUCAGAACUUAGAAUUGAGGCACAAUGAAGUGGGUGAGGCCCAGAGAGAUGGCUCAGCAGAUAAAGGGGCUUGACUUGCAGCCAUGGCAUAUGCCUAUGUACACACAACUAAAUAAGUGUAAAAUAAGAACAAAUUUGCAGCAUAAACCAUGGCUCAGAGGCCAUGCCAGGAGUGGUCAUGGUAGAAACAAGGCUGCUACUGGAUAAAGGUGUGUCCUGCUGACAGCAGGGACCAAAGACGCUGCCACUGAGUGUAAACAGCAGGGAUAAGAGAGAACGGGAGGGCUAGGAGAGGGGCAUCCAUGAAUCUAGAGCCAGAGACCAGAGCAGGGUCACUUAGCCAGGACACAGGGGAGGAGGGGAUAAGCCCUAGGACCACUCAUGCCCAGAAAAGUUGGAUCUCUCCUGUGGGUAACAGGAGCUAGCAGGGACCCUGCAAAGAAAAGUGACACCAUGCAAGGGUAUGAAGAGAUAGGAUGAGACAGGAAUUGAGCCAGGGAGGAAGCUACUACAAAAAUCAGGGUGUGGCCAGAGAUGAGCUCAAAUGCAUCCUCAGGAGGGAGCUGAAGACAUCGGGAACAGUGUAGAUGGAUGACGCGGGCCACACUAACAACUGUCAGCCCUGGUGCUCAUAGAAAGGAUGGAAUCCACAAGGCAUGAACAAAUGCUGUUUUUAUUAUUGCCUGUCUGGCACAUGCAGGCAAUGACCUCAGUCACACAAAGGCCAAGUUCAUGGUAGAGAGUCAUCUGAAUUUGCUAUAUUUCACCAUUUCUAAGUAGAACAAGAAUCAACUCAGCUAAAAAAGACUGUGCUGGGCAUCAAAAGGUAACAGCCGUCUUAUCAACCUGAGGGCAUUUACCACAGUAGCCCAGAAGAAGCUUCCAAGGGAAGUGGGGCUUAAGGGGCCAGAGCUGGAGACUGGGGCAAGGGGAUUUCAGUCCUGGGCCACACAGUGUGAUGCUGUCUUGAAAAGACAAACACUCCUUUGAUGUGCAAGGCCCUUGGUUUGAUCCUCAGUACAAAAGAAGGAAGGGGACGAGGAAGGGGAAAAAGAAAAACUAUGAUAAAGUUUGAAUUAUUAAUUUUAAGAGAUUACUGUGAUUAUAUUAAUAUCUAUGAUGCAAUACAUAUAAUAUAUUAUUAUAAGAGUUGUUAAUUAUUAAGUACAUGAAGAGAUGGCAACAAUAAUAGAAUGAUUGCCAGUGAAAAAGAGCUGAGACCCACUUAUAUCAGGGCUCUGGUACAAACCAUACCGAUGCAAGACAAGCCCUCUCUGUCCCACAGGGCCAGGGCUGGAUGUUGGGUGGCAGCCAGUCGUGGUGCAUACAGUUUAUAUUUUGCUGUGACACUAGCAAUUCACAGCUGUUUCCUUGUCAUUUUGAGUCCCCUUUAAUCUAGUCUUUCAGCCCCAGGUCCUCAUUCCCCAAAGACUAAAAGGCAAUCUUUUUUUUUUUAAUCAAUAAACAUAAAUUUGCUUUCCCUAUAAUAACUCUAUGAGGUGACUGGAGACUAGCUGUGCUGUGAUACCCUGAGACUUCAUCCUCAGUUUUGUACCACACGCAGCCUCAGUCACCCCAGGCCUGGAGAAGCAGGCGAGGGGUUUGUUUUCACCUAACAAAGGAGUUAAGCUUUUCCACAAUCCAUAUACACUGAUCAAAUGAAAAGAUGCCCAUGUGACAUCGUAGAGCCCACAGUUUUGAAAAGUAAUCCGUUCUGAAGAGCAAGGAAGUAGUACAUGGAACCAAGCGUCUCCAUGGAAACCCACGGCCGCUCUACUUCCUCACUGCCUCUGAUUUGUGCUUUUUUGUGUAAAUGCAUGUGUACACAUGUGUGUUCAUGUUUAAAGCACAUGUGUGUGCAUGCAUACGGGAAACCAGAGUCACCCUCAGUAGCUAUGCAUCUUGUUUUUGAGGUAGCAUCUCUCAUGGCCUGGAGCUCACAUGUAGGUCCGGCUGGGUAACCGGCGAGCCCUAGGGAUCCUCCUGUCUCUGUCUCCCUGGUGUUGGUGUCAGGAGCAUGUGACACUUGGCCUUGUACAUGGAUUCUGGGGAUUGAACUUGCGUCCUCAUGCUUAGACAAUGGGCACAUGAGUCACCGAGCCAACUCCCCAGGCUACCUUCUGUGUUUCCGCAGGUGGUUUUCAGCAAGUACUGCAACUCCAGUGACAUCAUGGACCUGUUCUGUAUCGCCACCGGCCUGCCUCGGAACACCACCAUCUCCCUUCUGACCACUGACGACGCGAUGGUCUCCAUCGAUCCCACCAUGCCUGCGAACUCAGAGCGAACUCCCUACAAGGUGAGACCUGUGGCUGUCAAGCAACUCUCUGAAAGAGAAGAACUCAUCCAGGGUGUGCUGGCCCAGGUGGCAGAGCAGUUCUCCAGAGCAUUUAAGAUCAACGAGUUGAAAGCAGAAGUUGCAAACCACCUAGCCGUGCUGGAGAAACGAGUGGAACUGGAAGGACUUAAAGUGGUGGAGAUCGAAAAAUGCAAGAGUGACAUUAAGAAGAUGCGGGAGGAGCUGGCAGCUAGAAAUAGCAGGACCAACUGUCCCUGUAAAUACAGUUUUUUGGAUAAUAAGAAGUUGACACCCCGACGCGAUGUCCCCACUUAUCCCAAGUACCUGCUCUCCCCAGAGACCAUUGAAGCUCUACGGAAGCCAACCUUCGACGUCUGGCUAUGGGAACCCAAUGAGAUGCUGAGCUGCUUAGAGCAUAUGUACCAUGACCUCGGCCUGGUCAGGGACUUCAACAUCAACCCCAUCACACUCCGCAGGUGGCUGCUCUGUGUGCACGACAACUACAGGAACAACCCCUUCCACAACUUCCGCCACUGCUUCUGUGUGACGCAGAUGAUGUACAGCAUGGUCUGGCUCUGUGGCCUCCAGGAGAAGUUUUCCCAGAUGGACAUCUUGGUCCUGAUGACCUCAGCCAUCUGCCAUGACCUGGACCACCCAGGGUACAACAACACAUACCAGAUCAACGCCCGCACGGAACUGGCUGUGCGCUACAAUGACAUCUCACCGCUGGAGAACCACCACUGCGCCAUUGCCUUCCAGAUCCUGGCGAGGCCUGAAUGCAACAUCUUCUCCAGUGUGCCACCUGAGGGCUUCAGGCAGAUCAGGCAGGGGAUGAUCACGUUGAUAUUGGCCACCGACAUGGCAAGGCAUGCUGAAAUCAUGGAUUCAUUCAAAGAAAAAAUGGAGAAUUUUGACUACAGCAAUGAGGAGCACCUGACCCUGCUAAAGAUGAUUCUCAUAAAAUGCUGUGAUAUCUCCAAUGAAGUUCGUCCCAUGGAGGUGGCAGAACCGUGGGUGGAUUGUUUGCUGGAAGAAUAUUUUAUGCAGAGUGACCGUGAGAAAUCAGAAGGUCUUCCUGUGGCCCCAUUCAUGGACAGAGACAAAGUGACCAAAGCAACAGCCCAAAUUGGGUUCAUCAAGUUUGUCCUGAUUCCAAUGUUUGAAACGGUGACCAAGCUCUUCCCCAUUGUCGAGGAGACCAUGCUACGGCCCCUCUGGGAGUCUCGAGAACACUAUGAGGAGCUGAAGCAGCUGGAUGACGCCAUGAAGGAGUUACAGAAGAAGACAGACAGCUUGACAUCUGGGGGCACUGAAACUGCCACAGAGAAGAACAGAGAUGUGAAAAACAGUGAAGGCCAUUCUCCUCCAAACUGAUGUCUCAAUGUGUACGACUGUACUAGUUAAAGCAGCUGAGCUGUGGCCUCUGAGCGGACAGGGCUGGGGACCUCACAGGAUUCUCCACACAAGGACGGUCACACCCAGACGACCCCGGAUGACCUGCCACAGACCAUGUUUUCUAAGAACCGUUUUGUUCACUGAUACAAAAACAGGAACUCAUGAUGCUGUACAGAAUUUUUAUUUUUAAACUGUCUUUUAAAUAAUAUAUUCUUAUA